AUGGGCAGGGACGCAGACAACGAGUCAGGCAGACAGCUACAGAGAGUCAGACAGACAGGGCGACAGACGGGCAGGGACGCAGACAGGGAGUCAGACGGACAGAGAGUCAUGCAGACAAGGCGACAGACAGGCAGGGACGCAAACAAGGAUUCAGGCAGACAGCUACAGAGAUUCCGACACAGAGUCAGACAGACGGGUAGGGACACAGACAGGGAGCAGACAGACAGAGCGUCAGACAGACAGUUCAACAGACGAGCAGCGACGCAGACAGGGGUUCAGAGAGACAGAGAGUCAGACACAUAG